AUGCUCAACUGUGCCUCGAUUGUGCCUCAAGGCCCAGUCCCAGACCAGCACAUGCCUAGGCUCAGAUUCCCCAAUCCAUGUACUCCUGAGGCUGGCUUGGGCAGACUCAAAGAGCAUUAUUUUGAAGACACAGUGCUCCUGUUCAAGGUCUGUCUCUUGGUUCAUCCAAUCCUCCCGCCUUUUCCUUCGCUACAGAUGGGCUUCGGGCUGCAGAUAGCUGCUGCCCUUUGGCUCAGCCUAAUCCUGCCUGUGGGGAGCCAAGUGCCAGAGUUCCGGGCCUACGAAUUCCAUUUUGGGCCCUGCCACGUGGAAGGGGUAGCUCUUCUAGAGCUGUGGAAGGCCUUCAGGGCCAUGAAGGACAUUGUGCAAGCUCAAGAUAAGAUCACGAGUGUCCGGCUCUUGAAACAGGAGGUUUUCCAGAACGUCUCGGAUGCUGAGAGUUGUUACCUCGCCCAUGAGCUGCUGAAGUUCUAUUUGCACACCGUUUUCAAAGACUACCACCACAAAAUCGUGGAGUUCAAGAUCAUGAAGUCAUUCUCCACCCUCGCCAACAACUUUUUUGUCAUCAUGUCAAAACUGCAACCCAGGCAGGAAAAUGAGACAGUUUCCGUUAGGGAAAGUGCCCAUAGGCGGUUCCUGCUGUUCUGGAGUGCAUUUAAACAGUUGAACACAGAAGCAGCUCUGACCAAAGCCUUUGGGGAAGUGGACAUUCUCUUGACCUGGAUGGGGAAAUUCUACCAUCAUUGAAUGCCUCGUCCAGGAUACCCUCCUUCUCUUUUCAAGAUACAGUUGCUUCCUGUGCUGUCCUCUGGGCACUGCACUCCUUGACAACGUGCCCCCUUGUCUGCCCAGGCUUGUCUUCACAGGACUUCAUUUCCCAGUAGCCCAAACACCAUUCAUGGAAGUCACCUUGGGAAGCUGAGAGAAAACCACUUAGUGGAUUCCUAUAUUUAUCACAAUGCUAUUUAAGUACUGUCAGUAUUACAACUGACUCCAUUUAUUUGUGAGAUGUAUGGUUCACAAAGGCAGUAGACUGCCAUGACCCUGUUCCCCUGUCACCUUCCACGAUUCCCACAACAGUCUGGGGUGAAUGGGUACUCGGCAAAAUAUUUAAUAAAGUGGAUUUCUGCUUGCCUGUGGAUUAUUGAUGAGUAAGGAGGGAUGUUGGGGUAUGAGAUGGAACUUGAAUGCAUGGAAAUGAUCUAUCUGCAGGAACAGAGCACUGGGGUAGGAAUCAGGGGCAAAGAUUUGAAAAGUGAAUGUUAGAAGAUAACAUGUAGUUAAAAUACUCAGC